AUGGCCGUUCAGUUGCAAUCCGAUGUUGGCACGUUAGCAUUUGCAGGCCUCGGCGCCUUCUCAACCGUCUUAUCUGCUAUGUCGGCGGAUGAUGUCCACCCGAUCGCUAUGAUACAGCUCGAAAACCUCGGCUUGCUGUUCCACGUGAACGGGACGAACGCCGGUUUGAUUCCCGAGGUCCUGAAGAACGCCAUGUCUCACUCAAUUGGCCGUUUGUCUCUAUCCGUCGGCUGGCGCCGUGGGGACGCCGUCUCCAUGCUCGGCGAUUCGGCUGGUGGUCAGGCGAUCUCGUUGCUGAUGACUGCUUUGGAUGGCAUCUACAAUCGUCAGGAGUACGGCUUGAUCCUUUCGAAACUCUGCACCUCGCUGCUCCCGAAGAGCAUGCCAGCAUCGAACCCGGUGCACCUUGCGGACGUGGCCAAUCUGGUUGCCGCCAAAGCCGGAAGGCUGUCCAUCGGAAACCUCUUGGCGCAGCAAACACAUCGUGUUCUGUCAGUCUAUGAUCACUUGGGUAAGAAGUCACCAGGAGAUCUGCUCGAGAUACCUACUACGGAAUCCAUAGUUCAGCUGUUAGAGUGUUUAAGUAACCUGCAGCAGGACAGACAUAUCGUCCGGGUAUCUGGGUCGAUAGGGAUCAUCUACCUUGGCGCCCUCAUUCUUUUCAUGUUUCCACAAUCGGCUAUGAUUGUGGUCGAGUCGGUUGUCAUUCACGACAAUGAAGGCCGGCGGCUUGAGCUAUCAUGA